ACUAAAUUUAAUAACUUAGCAGUAAAUGACAAUCAAAAUAAUUGUUCAUAUUGUAAUAAAUCAUUUACCGAAAAUUUAUGGUGCAAAGAAUGCGAUCCUCGUCGUAUAAUGAAAGGAUGGACUAGCGGAAAUGAUGAUAUCGAUAAGUUUAUAAAAGAUACAAUUUAUAAUGCAAGACAAAAUAUUGACGAUAUUUUCCUCGAAUGGAUACCAUAUAAUAGGUUUAUAGACAUAAGACAAAUUGGUGAAGGUGGUUUUGCAGAGAUUUAUUCUGCGAUAUGGGUAGAUAGUAACUCAUCAUAUUAUAAAGAUAAUGAAGGUUGGAAAAAAUUGGAUUCUAAACCUAAGAAAGUUGCUUUGAGAAAAUUAAAAAGAUCACAGAAUAUUUCAGCUGAAUAUUUAAAUGAGAUUAAAAUACUUUGGAACUUAUAUAAAUUUGGAAGAAGUCAGCAUAUGCAUUUCUUAGAUUUUUAUGGGAUGACUAAGGAUCCAGAAACCGAAGAAUAUAUUAUGAUUAUAAAAUUUGCAAAUAAAGGAAAUUUGAGGAGUAUUCUUUCGAAUAACUUUAAAAAUCUUCUUUGGAAUGAUAAAAUAUCUUUAUUAUGUGAUUUACUAGAAAACAUCAAAAAUUUACAUAAAUUAGGAAUUUUUCAUAAAGAUCUUCACAGUGGAAAUAUCCUACAAGAUAAUUUUGCAACUUACGUUACUGAUUUUGGACUUUCUGGUCCAGCAAAUGAACAAAAAUCAAAUGAUAAAAUAUGUGGAGUAUUGCCAUAUAUCGCCCCAGAAAUUUUAUACGGAGGACCUUACACUCUUUCUUCUGAUAUUUAUAGUAUUGGUGUAAUUAUGGCUGAAUUAUCAUCUGGAAAACCACCUUUUCAUAAAAGAGAACAUGAUCAGUCUUUGGCAUUACAAAUAUGCACCGGACUCAGGCCGGACUUUGGGAAAGGAACUCCAGUAAUUUAUAAAGAGUUAUCUCUUAUAUGCAUGUAUUCAAAUCCAAAUCAGAGACCAACAGCUGAAGAAUUAUAUUCUAUAAUAAGCUUUUGGCAUAAAUCUAUGAAUGGUUAUUAUUAUAAAGGUUAUCAAGAAAAAGAAGAAUAUGGUUAUAAAAGAAAAGAAAUUGAAUUUAUAUUUAAAGAGGCCGACAAAGAGAUACCAAACAUUUUAACUUCAUACGAAAAAGAGCUUGAUGCUAUAUAUACAAGUAGAUUACUUACAUUUGAUCUAACAAGUGCUCUUAAUUCAUCUAUAAUUACGUCAUAUCUUGAUGAAGAGGAUAAUUAAGAUUUACAAUUAUUCGACUUGGAGGUUUCUGAUGAAAAUUAUAUAGAUAGCUAAACAUUUCAAUACUUCAAAUAUUUUAAAUUUUGUUUUUAUUAGUUAUUUGUUUGUAUUUUUUUUACAAUUUAAAAGGUAUCAAUCGUAGGGUCCACAUUUAAAUACGAUUGUUUACAUACCUUUUUCGAACAGAUAAAUAAAUCAGAUUCAGAUAUGUGAGUACAAACGUUUAUGUAAUUGCAUUUGUAAUAGUCUUAAAAAAAUAAAUAAAUUAUAAACCUUACAAUAUUAUUAAGUACCAA